CGUGACCGCGCCGAGAACGGAGAGAGGGGCGGAGAAGGCAAGAUGGCUGCCGCCGCUACUCGCGGGGAGUGGUGAAGGAGGAGGAGAAGCUCCAGAUCCUCGCCGGGCUCUGAGGCGGCCCUGACGCUGCCACUACGACCACCUUCGCCCUCUUCCUCCAUCCAGGGUCUCCCGUUCUUGCUAAUAACUAGCGUUGUGGAGUUUGGCUAAAGAUGGCGAGUCUCGUGUCUCAGAGCUUGGUGACAUAUGUAGAAGAAGAAAAUGUUCCUGCUUUGAAGGCACUUCUUGAGAAGUGCAAAGAUGUGGAUGAGAGGAAUGAGAAUGGUCAGACUCCGUUAAUGCUAGCUGCUGAGCAAGGCAACUUAGAAAUUGUCCAAGAAUUGAUAAAGAAAGGUGCCAACUGCAACUUGGAAGAUGCAGAUAACUGGACAGCUCUUAUCUCAGCUGCUAAAGAGGGGCAUGCUGCCAUCGUGUCAGAGCUACUUAAUUGCAAUGUGAACAUGGAACAUCGAGACAUGGGUGGAUGGAACGCCCUUAUGUGGGCAUGCUACAAAGGCUGUACUGAAGUAGCUGAACUGCUUCUUGAAAAGGGAGCAAACCCCAACAUCACUGGCCUGCAAUACAGUGUCUAUCCAAUAAUUUGGGCAGCAGGACGAGGCCACUCUCGUAUAGUACAACUUUUACUGCAUCAUGGAGCUAAGGUCAACUGCUCUGACAAGUAUGGUACUACACCACUGAUCUGGGCUGCAAGAAAAGGUCAUCUGGAAUGCGUGAAGUAUUUGCUGCAUAUGGGAGCGGAUGUUGAUCAAGAAGGAGCUAAUUCCAUGACUGCACUUAUAGUAGCAGUAAAAGGUGGUUUCACAGAUUCGGUAAAAGAAAUCCUGAAAAGGAAUCCAAAUGUCAACUUAACAGAUAAAGAUGGAAACACAGCUUUGAUGAUUGCCGCAAAGGAGGGACAUACUGAAAUUGUUCAGGACCUCUUAGAUGCAGGAACCUACGUGAAUAUUCCUGACAGGAGUGGAGAUACUGUGCUGAUUGGGGCUGUCCGAGGUGGUCAUGUUGAAAUUGUGAGAGCCUUGCUUCAUAAGUAUGCAGAUAUAGACAUUAGAGGGCAGGAUAAUAAAACUGCUUUAUACUGGGCUGUUGAGAAAGGAAAUGCUACCAUGGUUAGAGAUAUCUUGCAGUGCAACCCAGACACUGAAAUAUGUACAAAGGAUGGAGAAACACCUCUUAUAAAGGCCACCAAGAUGAGAAAUAUUGAAAUAGUUGAGCUUCUACUUGACAAAGGAGCUAAAGUUUCUGCUGUAGACAAGAAAGGAGACACCCCACUUCAUAUUGCUAUUCGUGGGAGAAGCCGUAGGCUUGCAGAAAUGCUUUUAAGAAAUCCUAAAGAUGGUAGACUGCUUUACAGGCCCAAUAAAGCUGGAGAGACACCUUACAAUAUUGACUGUAGCCACCAGAAAAGUAUUUUAACUCAGAUAUUUGGAGCUCGACACUUAUCUCCGACAGAGUCUGAUGGAGAUAUGCUGGGUUAUGAUCUUUAUAGCAGUGCACUAGCCGACAUUCUUAGUGAGCCAACUAUGCAGCCACCCAUCUGUGUUGGGCUGUAUGCCCAGUGGGGGAGUGGGAAAUCUUUUCUGCUCAAGAAACUUGAAGAUGAAAUGAAAACUUUUGCUGGGCAGCAGAUUGAACCUUUGUUCCAAUUUUCCUGGCUGAUUGUGGUCCUUACGCUUUUGUUGUGUGGUGGUGUUGGUUUGCUGCUUUCAUUCACUUUGGAUGCAAAACUUGGAAUAGCAGUGGCACUGAGCUUACUGGCACUGCUAUAUGUAUUUUUUACUGUGAUAUACUUUGGUAGCCGAAGAGAAGGAGAGAACUGGAAUUGGGCAUGGGUGUUAAGUACAAGGUUGGCAAGACAUAUUGGCUACAUGGAGUUGCUUCUUAAACUUAUGUUUGUGAACCCACCUGAGCUGCCAGAGCAAACAACUAAAGCCUUACCUGUAAGAUUUUUAUUUACAGAUUACAAUAGGCUAUCCAGUGUUGGCGGAGAAACUUCAAUGGCUGAAAUGAUUGCCACACUCUCAGAUGCCUGCGAGAGGGAAUUUGGUUUCUUAGCAACACGUCUUUUCCGAGUAUUCAAGACUGAAGAUACUCAAGGUAAAAAGAAAUGGAAGAAAACUUGUUGCCUCCCAUCCUUCGUUAUUUUCCUUUUCAUUCUGAGCUGCAUUGUUGCUGGGAUCACUCUUCUAGCUUAUUUUAAAGUGAAUCCUGAAAACAUGACAGUGAAUGCUAUUCUGAUAUCAUUUCUAUGUGUUGUGGGUUUGGGCUUCAUCUUGAACUGUCGCACGUGGUGGCGAGUGAUGGACUCAGUCUUGAACUCACAGAGAAAACGGCUUCAUAAUGCUGCUUCAAAGCUACACAAGCUGAAAAGUGAGGGGUUUAUGAAAGUUCUUAAAUGUGAAGUGGAACUGAUGGCAAAGAUGGCAAAAACCAUUGAUAGCUUUACUCAGAAUCAAACCAGGCUUGCAGUAAUUAUUGAUGGAUUGGAUGCAUGCGAGCAGGACAAAGUUUUACAGAUGCUGGACACAGUUAGAGUCCUGUUUUCCAAAGGCCCAUUUAUUGCAAUUUUUGCUAGUGACCCACACAUCAUCAUAAAGGCAAUUAAUCAGAACCUGAACAGUGUGCUCCGUGACUCAAAUAUAAAUGGGCAUGAUUACAUGAGAAAUAUCGUACACUUACCUGUCUUUCUUAACAGCCGUGGACUCAGUAGUGCUAAAAAGAUGAUGGUAGCUGCAACCACAAAUGGAGAUGUCCCAUACUCAGAUGGUUCAGGAUUCCAUGAAGAAGUCGAUCGAAGGGUUUCACAGAAUAGCCUGGGAGAUGUGACCAAGCUUGGAAGCAAAACAGCUCUCAACAGGCGGGACACUUACAGAAGAAGACAAAUUCAGCGUACCAUUACACGUCAAAUGUCUUUUGAUCUGACUAAGCUUUUGGUUACAGAAGACUGGUUCAGUGAUAUUAGCCCGCAGACUAUGAGGCGAUUGCUAAAUAUUGUUUCUGUGACAGGUCGUUUACUGAGAGCUAAUCAGAUCACUUUCAACUGGGAUAGACUGGCUAGCUGGAUCAACUUAACAGAACAGUGGCCAUACAGGACUUCUUGGCUCAUAUUGUAUUUGGAAGAAACAGAAGGUGUUCCAGAUCAGCUAACGUUAAAAACUAUCUAUGAGAGAAUUUCAAAGAAUAUUCCAACAACUAAAGAUGUCGAACCUCUCCUUGAAAUUGAUGGGGAUAUUCGCAACUUUGAAGUAUUUUUGUCUUCACGAACUCCAGUCCUUGUAGCACGUGAUGUAAAAACCUUUCUUCCAUGUACAGUGAACCUCGAUCCAAAACUCCGAGAAAUUAUUGCAGAUGUCCGUGCUGCAAGAGACCAAAUUAACAUUGGAGCGAUCCCAUAUCCCACGUUACCUUUGCAAGAGGCAGCUCCUAGAGCAUCAUCAGUGUUUAGCCAACCUUCCUCAGCCUGCUCUUCAACACACUCCUUUAAUGGGCCUUUUAAUGCAGGAGUUGUAUCUCCACAGCCUCACAGCAGCUACUACAGCGGCAUGACUGGACCUCAGCAUCCAUUCUAUAAUAGACCAUUCUUUGCCCCAUAUGUUUACAUGCCAAGGUAUUAUCCUGGCAGUUCUCAUCUCAUCUCACGUCCAUCACUAAAAACGAGUAUGUCCAGGGAACAGAGCAGUGGUCUAGAUGUUAUCAAGGAGGAGGAUGCUGAGUGGCUUCCUUCACCCACAGACCCCUCAAUGCAGUGUAAAACUGGGUUAAACAGACAGAGACAGGGAACAGGCUCAGGAGCACCCCAAGUGCCUUUGAGCUCGAUGACGGUCGACGCUGUGUGCGAGAAGCUGAAACAGAUCGAAGGACUUGACCAGAAUAUGCUGGCUCAGUACUCUGCAACUAUAAAGAAGGCCAAUAUAAAUGGUCGAGUUUUAGCACAGUGCAACGUUGAUGAACUGAAGAGAGAGAUGAACAUGAAUUUUGGCGACUGGCAUCUCUUCAGAAGUGCAGUGCUUGACUUGAGAAAUGUUGAGAGUCAGGCUGCCCAUGAAGAUUCCCGGGCAGCGAAUGAACACACCAGUACCAUACCUCAUAAUGAUCUUGCUCGUCGUCCUGCACUGAACACUGAAUUGCCUCAUACUGAACUGACUGGUCUUCCGGGUCAAGCCCCCUAUGCUCUCAACUUCAGUUUUGAAGAGUUGAACACCAUUGGUUUAGAAGAAGCCCCUCCACGUCAUAGUAACCUGAGUUGGCAGUCACAGGCCCGUCGGACUCCAAGUCUUUCAAGCCUGAAUUCUCAAGAUUCUAGUAUUGAAAUUUCAAAGCUUACCGAUAAGGUACAGGCAGAAUAUAGAGAUGCAUAUAGAGAAUAUAUUGCUCAAAUGUCACAAUUAGAAGGGGGUGCCAGUUCUAGCACGGUGAGUGGUAGAUCUUCCCCUCACAGUUCAGCAGCCUUCUAUAUGGGCCAGAGCACAUCAACAGGCUCCCUUCAUUCCAGUGUGGAACAAGAUAAGGGAAAGGAUGCUGAGCAAAAGCAAGACGAUGGAAGGAAGUCCUUCUUGAUUAAACGGAAUGAUGUUGUAGAUUAUAGUACAUCAGGUGUGUCUACUAGCGAUGCUUCUCCAUUGGAUCCCAUCACGGAAGAAGAUGAAAAAUCAGAUCAGUCUGGCUCCAAACUUCUCCCAGGGAAGAAAUCUUCUGAAAGAACCAGCAUUUUCCAAGCUGCAGACCUGAAGCUGAAGGGUGUAGCUCUGCGCUAUCAGAAACUUCCAAGUGAUGAAGAUGAGUCUGGAACAGAAGAAUCUGAUAACACUCCCCUCCUCAAGGAAGGUAAAGACAGAAAAGUCGAAGGGAAAACAGAGAAGCAGCCCAAAUCUCCAGAACAUGGGUCUGAGCCCAUUAGAACCCUGAUUAAAGCAAAGGAGUACUUGACGGAUGCUCUUCUCGACAAAAAGGAUUCCUCUGACUCUGGGGUAAGAUCCAGUGAAAGUUCUCCAAACCACUCUCUCCACAACGAUACAGAUGACUCCCAGCUCGAAAAAGCAAAUCUCAUUGAGCUUGAAGACGAUGGCCGCAGUGGGAAACGGGGAAUCCCCCUCAGCUUGAGCGGCCUUCAAGACGCAACCAUGGCACGUAUGUCAAUCUGCUCAGAAGACAAGAAAAGCCCUUCGGACAGCAGCUUAAUAGCGAGCAGCCCUGAAGAGAACUGGCCAGCAUGCCAGAAAGCCUACAAUUUAAACCGAACACCCAGCACAGUCACGCUGAAUAACAACAGCGCCAACCAGCCAACCAACCGAGCUAAUCAGAAUUUUGAGGAGAUUGAGAGCAUGAGAGAGCAUUCUCAGAUCAUUUUGUGCCCUGGACCGAGUCCUAAUUCUGUUCCGGUUCAAAAUGAUAACAUCAAAGGUGUGGCCCAUAAGCGUAGCCAGCGCUCGAGUUAUGCCAGGCUUUCGAAAGAUUCUUCUGAGCUCCUUACUGUUACCGGGUCUGAUGCUGCAGGCUUUGGAGAAGAGAGGGAAAGUAUUCUUUAAAAGAGAUCCAAGCUAAAACAUAUAGUGCUUAAAUACUUUUUAGACAUGCUGGCUCUUGGCCAGGCCUAUAAAUCUUCUCUUACCAAGGCUUGGUUCCCUGUCCUUUUUUCACUUGUGAAUUUCCAUAUCAAGUGAAGGACAGAAUCCAGCUGAAGUUCAGCAUGUUUGAGUCCCAUAGAUUUCAAUGGGAGAGAUUCAACCACUUGCUUAAAAUUAGGCAAAACAAAACCAGUGUUUCCUCUUUAAAUAAAAGCUUAACUUUUCCAGUGUGAGUACAAAUUCCUUAGUCCACAUGUUGAAAAGGGAAAUGCCUUAAACAUUUGGAUGAUCUCACAAAGGCAAAAACGAAUAGUUUAUCUGCAUAUCAUAAGGUUCAGUACUACUUAUUUGUUUAGAAAUAGGAGGAAGGAAUGUCUCACAUCAAACGAAGCGGAAGGCUCAGACUGUUACGAACCUGAAACUAUGGAAACAACUGUUAAUUUGCAUUUUCCAAUUCUAUGUGUGACACCUUUAAAAGUCUUGAUGGUUUAAGUAUUGAUGUAGAGUGGUCAAAGUACAAGUGUUCUUUGUUCCUUCUAAGCAGUGCAGUCUUUGGGGAUGUGUCAUGUGUGUGACUCUAGUUUUAAUGGAUUACUGCAUGUUGGACAUGUUAGCUGUGGCUGAGAUUUGGACGUAAUUGAUGAACAGCACAAUCCUGCACAUGUCUACUCAGAAGUACGCCCCUUUGAUUUCAGUGGGGCUUACUUCCAGGUAAUUUUGUAUAGGAUUUCAGGCUGUAUUCUCUGUUUGUUGUAGAUGGUGCCCACAGUAGUAUUGAAGUAAUUGAACAAAGUAGCCGUGGUCAUGGUGUUAGGUGAAGCCAGUUUGGGUGUAGUCUUUGGAGCUAUUAUGAAUAUUUACAGUUUUCAGAAAUCAUGGCCUUUGAUUAAUAGGUUUGAUCGGAUUGUAGAAAGUCUGAGGAAUGAGAAAUUGUCGUUACCUCAAGAGUAAGUAAAAAAAAAAAUCUAACAUUUGGCAUUGUGCAACAAAACGGUACAUAAUUUCCCCCCUUCUGUUUCUAGUAUUGUGCCUGUAAUGUCAGUAAUUUGUUCUGCAGAUGAAAUAUGCAGGAAUUUGAAUAUGAUCAGUGAACCAUGUGUAUUCCACUAGCACCGAGAGGACAAUAAAAUAAUAAGCAUGAU